AUGCUUUAUCCAUUUGGUCUAGAAGUUGGUCAUGAGUCAGUAGUAGAUUUUGAGAUCAAAAGGUCAAAGUUCAAGACAAAAGUUGAUCUAAGCAGUAAAGAAGAUUUGUUAGUAGCUCUUCAAAAGAGGACAGAUCAGUGUAAAAAGCUGGAAGCUAGGAACUCCGAGUAUGUAAAUGCCAUGAAAGACAAUGCCAAAAAGAUUGAAAAACUAGAGGCCUACAUAGAGAAACAACAAGAUGUAUUAGCUAAGAGAACACAAGAGUUGAAUGAACAGUAUCAAGCUAGCAGGAUAAAGUUAUCAGACACCUACAAGCUAGAGCUUGAACAAAAAGAAAAGGAGAAACAGGAUUUAGAGGCAAAAUUAAAGGAAGCAGAGUCUAUGACAAAACAGUAUUACAAGAAAGAAGAAGAAAAAGAAGAAAUGCAACAAUUUAAAACACAAGAAAUGGGCAAACUUAAACAUAUGCUUAUAUUAAAAGAAGAAGAAUUAGAUAAAUGUCAGAAUGAGUUACAAGAGCUACAGAAGAAUAACAAGGACUUGGCAUCAUUAGAUGAGAAAGUAAAAUCCCUGCAAUCAGAAAAAUGUAACUUAGAAGAAGAAAUUGCUGGCCAUGGAAAAAUUGUGAGUGCUUUAACAAAAGAAAGAAUUACACUUGAGGAGUCUCUAAAUGAUGUUAAAUCACAGUUAUCAGAGAAAUCAUCAGCAUAUUCUAGUCUACAGAGCAAGUUUACAGAACUAGAGAGCGCCCAUCAGACAUUGAUACACAGUUCAGAUCAACAAAAACACAAGCUAAAUCAACAAAUUCAAGAACAGAAGGAUGAAAUAGAACAGCUAGCUGAUAGGUUAUCAUUGUUACAACAGAGGGAACAAGACAAUACUCUAUCUGGUGAUGACAGGCUUGUAGCUAUUGAGAAAGAGAGAGAUGGCUUGGAAAGGAAAUUAACAGAGACCAGGGAACAGCUGUCACAGAUCAAAUCAUCAUGGAGUGAAAAGAUAUCUCACUUGGAAGACCAGAUAUCACAUCUGAAUGGUAAGAUUGUGGAGGACAGCGAGGAGUUGGCCGAGGCCAAACAGUAUACAGAAACUGUGCGAGAGAACAUGCAGACCGAGAUCGAAAAUUUGAAGAAGAAACUAAAGGAUGCAGAAAAAGAGGUACAACAGCAAGUAGAUCUGUUAUCCAGAAAAGAAGCAAGAUUUAAAAAGGAGAGAUUAGAGCUGGAGACAGAAGUGUCGAAGAUGAAGUUAGAGAAGGUUGAUUUAGACACCCAUCUGCGGGCCAAGUUAACGUCAGUGGAAUCUGAACUGAUGGGACUGGAGUUGAGUAAAGCUCAGGAGAAGUCGCAACUUCAAGACACGAUUCACAAACAGGAGCAGGCUAUAGCUGAUCUUGAACAUAAACUUGGCAAUUCAGAAGAACAAGUCAAAUCUCUGGAAGAAAAUUUAUCAAAACUUCAGGCUGAGAUGAAAGGUUUACAAACAAAAUGUAAGUCACUUGAGGAAGAUGUAAAAGAUAAAGAGAAGAAGUUGCAUGAAGCAAAAACUCACGCCCAGUCUUUACAAGAGGAGGUAAUUCUGACCCAGGAGAAGCUUGACAAAGCUGUACAUAGUUCCAAAUCUAAAAUAUCAGAACUACAGGAGAGUAAUAAAGACAAGGAUGAUUUUAUGUUACGGAAUGCGGAACUCUCGCAACAGCUGACAACGUUACAGCAAACAUUACAAGACGAGAAACAUACCAUAGAGGCAGAGCUUGAAUCUCACAAAGAGAACGAAAAACAAUUGCGUGAUAAAUGUCAAGAAUUAGAAAUAAAGAUAGGGGAGUUGACAGAUUUCCAGUCAGGUCAUCUUGCUAGUAAUGAACAGGUUAUACAAUUAGAAGAUACAGUAACAUCAUUAGAGGAACAGCUAGCUGAGAAGAAUAAGGCAUUAAAGAAACAGGAACAAAGGCUGAAUGAUUUGAAAAAGACGUUACAACGAGAGCUUAAAGUUCAAUCUUUGCCUAAUGAUGAACCAAUUGACCCUAAAGUGUCGGCAUUGACUCCGCCUUUACCUCGUAAAAAUUCCCUUACACAAAAAACACAUCAUAGUGAUCAUUCCACUCGAACACGUAGGAUUAGUUCUCACGACCGUAGUCCUGUUCCUACAGACCCCGUGAUGGAUACAGUUGAUGGAAUAAAUAAUUCUAUAGGAACUCAAGAUUUCUUUCUCGGUGACAAUUCUCCACAUAAUCAACAUAAAUCUAGUUCAGAAAGGAUAUCCUUUGGUGUUCCGAAUUCUCAUGCAACAAUAUCAGUGACAGAUUCACGAGGCCCCGCUGGCCUCACAGGUGCCUUUGCUUCUAAUGGACAGUUUAGAAAUCGUGAGUUUGAGACUCGGCAUCUAGAAAAAGACAUUAAUUUCCAGUAUCUAAAACAUGUUGUUAUGAAAUUCAUGCUGAGUAGAGAACAUGAGGCAAUACAACUGAUUAAGGCAGUAUCUCUGCUCCUACGUUUUACUCCUGAAGAACAAAAGUUAAUACGAGACACUUUACAGUGGAAAAUGUCAUGGUUUGGUGGUUCUCAACCUCCAGCUGUGUUAAAAGGACAAACUAAUAAAAUUAUACCUCCAUCUUGGUGAUAUAACACAAAUUUAUGGAUUAAUGGUAAUAAGAGUAAUUGUGUCAUACUGUGUGUGUGCGUGGCCCUCAUUUAUUCAUUCAUAGGUGAAGAUGAGUAGCUCUCUAAACACUUACAUGCAUGAUUUUUAGCAGUCAAUUAAGAGUUACCUCCCCCUUAAGCUCAAGAGACUGGAUUCUGUUUUUUGGAAUGACAAUUAAAUUGGCUGACUACUGCCUGAAGUGAACAUGCAAGCUUGAGUCUGUCUGACUGGAUGGGAGUUUGUUGUCAUGGUUAUAAAUUUGUAUUGGAGUUACAAAUCCGUAUAUCAUGUGAGAAGUGUACAUGUGUAUGUGAAGUGUAAUAAACAUGGAAGUAUUUACCCAUCACUGUGUUCAAUGGUGCUUUCAUUUCUACAAAUGUAGCUGAUAGAAAUACUGAAAAUGCUUUGAAAGUAUGAAUAAAUGGUGUAGCUAGGAACAGCUACAUUAACUUCAGUGGUUAUUAAUCAUUUUAUGAAAACUGUAGCUUAUGUUAUUUUCAGUGGAAUAUGCAUCUUAAAGGUACAUCUGCUGGGUUGGCAUUUGCAAGUUUAUCAAAGUAUAGAAGCCUUAAUACAAACGUGUAAUUGUACCUUAAGAAAGAAAAGGCAAUGGUUUAUGUAACCUGGUUUUGACAUUUCUCAUAGCCAAUAGAUGAUCCUUAAUGAUUUUAGGUCAAAGGUCAAGGUCACAGAGACACUGAUUAAAAUAUUAAAUUGUAAAUACAAAUGUAUACCAUUGUGAAAGGCAAAGGAAGAAGUUUCGGGCUUAUGUGUCCUAUGGACACUUUUUAUAGUUUUAUCAAUGAUCUGAUGAAUAAAUUAUAAUUGAUGGCAUUUUGACAAUAAUGAUUUUGUAGGAAUGCUAUAAAUUCUGCUAUUUUAUCAUCGGUCACAACAACUUCAAGCUGUUUUUCGAGGUUUUAUUUUAAGCCAUUCAUUUCUUUGACCAUAUCUUUAUGAUCACAUAUGAAAGAAUUGCAUUACUUCAUUAAAACCAUCUUGUAUCUUUUUGUUUCUAAGAUUGUUCAUAAAUACUUGGGUAUAAACCUGGAACUGUGUUAAGGAAAGCAAUAUUGUGGAUGACCCUAUAAUGUCUUAUUUGCUAUGCAUUUAUAAUGUCAUUUAUUGUGUAAUAUUUGACAAAUGUGUAUUCAUUUUGUUGUUUGGAAAAAUUCAUUAUCAUAACUAGGUCAUUUGAGUAAAUGUUUCUUAAAAUACUUUGUUAAGCUUUAGGUAAAUUAAAGUUGUAAAAAAAACUUUAUUUUUUAUAGCACAAAGUUUGGGGAAGAAUUAACAGUUGAAAAUUUAUCAUCAAAUGUUGACAUUGUAACAGACCUUUUUACUAUUAUUUUUGGAAAUUAGAAACUUGUUGUGUAUUAUAAAACCAUGAAUUUUAAUUAAUUUGAAAUAAUGUUUCAGCAGAAUGCCUCCACAUUUGUGUUUUAAUGAAAAUUUGUUCUUUGUGUUGGGAUAAGUGUUUUUUAGGGACUGUAUACAUAAUAAAUGAUUUGAUAUAGCCAAAGUCACUAACUUUCCACUGAAAUUACAUUAUGCUUUACAAAAUAUCUGGAAAUUUCUUUUACUCCUUUUUUUAUUGGAUUAGAAGUUUGGUGAUGAAACAAGAAAAAAAAAUUGUCAUAUCUUGCACUCAAAUUUUCACCUGGAUUAUGAAUAUUUGUCAGUAUGUAUAUUUUUAUGCCUCGCCCCCAUCUCUUUUAUGGCUGGAGUCAUAUAGAUUUACACUUGUCCCUCUGUCAUGCUGUCUCACUGUCUGUCCCUAGUCUGACAAAUCAGUUGAAUUGGCACAUUUCUAGUUUGUUUUAUAUAUUAAAUAAUGUUGUCUUAAUUUUUGUAUUAUUUUGAAGAUUUAUUUUACAGAUCUAGAUGCUUUAAAUUCAGAAGAUAAAAAUGCACUUACAUAUCAGUGUUAGGAUACUAAAUAUAUUGACUGUUGUUUUUUUUCAGUGAGAAAUUGCUGUAAUUAACAUAAUAGUCUAACUGCAUAUGUACAUGUCAAAGUGUUUUCAAUAAGGCAACUCUAUGAAGACUCCCAUACAGAAAGUUCUCAUACAGAAUGUACAUGUUUGUUUACUUUAAUUUCUGUGAAAUUAGUCUUUUUUUUAACAAAGAACCAGUAAUCAGUAUAUGUGUAAACCUUGUUCAUUUUAUUUGUAACUGAGUUUGUAUCUUCAUUAUUAACCAUUUUUAUGUGGUCAAAACUUUAUUAUAGGGAAAAUUAAAAUUUUAGUGCUUGGGACCUAAAGUGUGUUGUUAAACAUCAAUGUUUCGGCCUUUUAAUUGGUCAAAUUAAGUGCCAAGAUUUAUAUAAUCGUUAAUGUUGAUAAAGUGCUAUCACUGCUUUAACUUUUAUUUCUACUGAACUAAUUUUUAAUAUUCUAGUAUUACUUUAAUUUAAUUUAUAGAAUUGUCUUAUAUAAAGCUUUAAAAAUCACAAAAAGAACAACAAUAUCAAGCAGUCAACAUAAUGGAACUUUAUAUGCAUAUUGUAGAAAUAUACAGACUGGCCUAGCUCUGUGUAUCUUAGCAUAGAACUACUUUAUUUCUUUAUAUAGAUUAGCAGUUUGAUAUGGGGUGGGUGGGGCAGUUUUUUUCCCAACAUUUGAAAAAUACGCUUUAACUGUUGUUAUUGUUUUGAUAAGGGAGAAGUGCAACAUAACAUUACAGUUUUGUGAUAUUGUUGAUAUUUUAUUGUCAUUCAAUUUGUUUAUUUAUACAUGAAAAUACAUAAUAAUUUUUUAAUUUAUUUAUGUUAUAUAAUGUAACUUCACAGAGUUAUGAGAAGCUUCAUUUUCAGAAAGAUGGUAUUUUACAAUUAUUUUUUCAUGUAGAAUUUAUUGCCUGCAUUAAAGGUCUGUUUAUGUUGUUAUGAUAAGUAAUUUGUGACUGCUUGAAUGGCAUCUAAAGAGUUCAUAAUAUCUUAAAUUAAAAUAUUUGUAACACAUGUCUUCUUAAAGGGACUCCACUGAGGUUUUUUGACAUUACAAGACUGAAAAUAAUUUUUUGAGAUUGAUGUUCCAUUUGAUGCAGGUCUAGAUCAAUAACUUGUGUGCAAUAUUUCAGAUUAUUUGCUCAUUCAGACAUUCUGUUUUCACAGAAUAAUCAUUCUAGUUGUGAAAAUUGACCCAAAAUUUUAAAGCAUUGGCUUUUCACUCAAACCAGGCUAUGAAUAGCACAAAAAUAAGAUUUUCAAUUCAUUUCUGAAUAUAUUUAUUAAUAAUCUUUUAUAUGUCUUUCUGUUUUAAGUUUCCAAACUAAGUAAGAAAUUCAAAUUUUAUAUUUUAAGACUUUUGAACCUCAGUUGAAUCCCUUUAAACUUCAAUACAUUGGUAAAUUUCUGUGAUGAACUUGUGCUGAAAUUUAUUUGUGAGAGUUGCUUGGUUGCUCUCAACCUUCUUGAAACAAAAGUACGAACACAUCGUCCACCAUUACGUUGUUUGAGAUAACGCGCAAAGAGAAAAUUUAGUCAUGUGUUGGUAGUUUUUGUUUUGGCUUUAUGGUUUUUCAUUCAAAAAAUACAAAGUAACUCAUUCAUUUGCGGACCCUUGUAAUUAGCUAUUGCCACCAUUAUAAGCCAGACCAGCCAGGUGUGCACCUGUGCACUCUAAGCUCUAUACUGUAAGCUAAAUAUCUUAAAGUUUUCAUCAUGAUAUACCAAAUAAUGAUAAUGGUCAAUUCUAAAAAUGAAAGCCAGACAUGUCCAUAUCAGAAAUUCAGCAGGUAAAGGGUAAAUGUGAUAGACAUUGAUAUCAAAAUUUUGAAAUUAUGCAACAAAAAUUUAUAACAGCUGUUGUACAACUUUGCUUGGUUAGUUGGUAUACCUGUUUAAAUUGCACAGCCAUACACCAUUGCUUGGUAUGGUCAGUAAGACUUCACAGCUGUACAGCAUUGCUUGGUAUGGCUGGUACAGCAUUUCUUGGUAUGGUCAGUAAGACUUCCCAGCUGUACAGCAUUGCUUGGUAUGGCUGGUACAGCAUUUCUUGGUAUGGUCAGUAAGACUUCCCAGCUGUACAGCAUUGCUUGGUAAGGUAGGACAGGUUACACCAAACAGUUACUUGGUUAUGUACUUAUAGUAUUGUAUUAUCUCUAGUAGUAAGUAAAUUGUUACAAGCUUUAAACAAAUUAAAUGUGUUUGUAUUCUGUAACUGAUUUUUGCUAUUGGAGAUUUUAUUGUAAAUUUAAAUACAUAUUUUUGCUAGUUUUGUCAAAAUUAUGUGUCUAAAAAAUGUCCUUCUUCCAAAGUUGUUUUCAGAAAAUACUAUGAUUUGUCUUGGAUCAAACAUAAUUUUCUUUUUAUUAUGCACAUACUUAUAUCUUUACAAUGGACAACAAUAUACAUUCCAUGCUAUAAGAAUAAGAUGGAUGCUUGCAAUAAUUAUAUUAACAUAUAAAAACAUGUUGAUAAACUGGAUAGAAAAUAUGAGUGUUGAAUAUUUAACUGCUAAAUGUAUCUUCUGUUUACAAAAUUGAGCCGUGUCACGACAAAACCAACAUAAUGGGUUUGCGACCAGCAUGGAUCCAGACCAGCCUGCGCAUUCGCGCAGUCUGAUCAGGAUCCAUGCUGUUCGCUAUCAGUUUCUCUACUUGUUAUAGAGUUUGUAAGCGAACAGCAUGGAUCCUGAUCAGACUGCGCAGAUGCGCAGGCUGGUCUGGAUCCAUGCUGGUCGCAAACCCAUUAUGUUGGUUUUGUCGUGACACGGCUCAAAUGUGUUAUACUAUACUAUGUAUAUUUAUUAAAGAUGAUAAAUGAA